CGAGGAGUACCAUUCUGUCCUCAGUGAGCCCACCAAGUCUCUUCUCUUCAGAUCAGACAUAGAGAUCAGGACAUAUCUCCUUCGGGAACUCUUUGAAUCUAUUUGGAACACUUGGACCAGAUUCUUCUUCAGACUGGACUCGACAUCCAGACGCAGUCUAGAGUUUGGGACUACAGAUACAUGCUCUGUUCUGUUGGAUUGGAAUUGGACCUGAUUUCUUUCUCAGACGUACAGUAUCUAUGGUCUGGAGUGGACAUAUACACUUCUGUCCUCUUGGAUUCUAUUGGAAUUGCAGACUCCCUCUUUAGGAGAAAGAGUAUUUAUUGGAUUCUGCUCUAACCCAGUAGACUAGAACCUUCCAAGAAGACUUACUCCCUUUGUGUUUUUGGAUUCUGUUGGAGAAGAUAUACUUCUUGGACUGUCUCUAUCCAUAUUAUCCGGUUCUGAAUGCUGAAGCUAGUCGCUGACUGCCGGAAGGGAGGAGGUGGAGGAGGGAUUGGAGGGUGUGAGAUGCUCCCCUCACGCCCAAGUCUGUCUGUCUCCCUGCGGGUGAUUAUAUACGGGACGUGUGCCUUGGCACUGGUCAACACUGUGGCUCUCCUGGUGCUCCUAGUGCAACAGAACCAGCUGUGGAGCCGUGUGGAGCUCACCGAGGCCAGGCUGGAGGAGGUGGAACAGAGCUCCGUGGUGGAGUUCCUCCAGGAGGUGCCCCGAGGAGGUGUAGCAGCAGGAGGCGCAGGGAGGCUGGCGGAGCUAAGAGGAGGCCCAGGGUGGCUGGCAGGGCUGCGUGGAGGAGGUGCAGGAGGAGGUGAAAGGGGUCUGGGGAAGGAGCAGAGGGAGCAGGGGGAAUACCAGUACUCCCGUAACAAGAGGAGUCGUGAGCUGGAGAGGGAGCUACGACAGGAGUUAAAGGAGGAGCUGAGGCUAGAGCUGAGGGAGCUGAACCAUCAGGAGAGACAGGAACUCCUGCAGGAGGUGACCCAGGGGCUACAUCAGGGGCAGGAGGUGACCCAGGGGCUACAUCAGGGGCAGGAGGUGACUCAGGGGCUACAUCAGGGGCAGGAGGUGACCCAGGGGCUACAUCAGCGGCAGGAGGUGACCCAGGGGCUACAUCAGGGGCAGGAGGUGACCCAGGGGCUCCAUCAGGGGCAGGAAAUGGGGCGAGGUGGGCUGGACACAGGAGAGGAGGUACACCCUGAGUUGAGAGAGGAGUUACACCACACGUUGAGGGAAAAGAUGGACAAGGAGAUGGACAAGGAGAUAGACAAGGAAAUGGGGAAGGAGAUGGGGAAGGAGAUAGACAAGGAGAUGGGGAAGAAGAUGGGGAAGAAGAUGAGACAUGAGCUGAACCACAAACACAGGAAGACAAAGGGCUUCCAGAAGACUGAGAUACAGGACGACAUGAUGAUGAUGAUGACCUAUUCUAUGGUGCCGGUCAAAGUGUUGUUGGAUAUCUGUAACAGCACCAAGGGAGUCUGCAUAGCUGGACCACCCGGCCCUCCUGGACCCCCUGGGCUACCUGGCCUGCAUGGUCUGCCGGGGCACAAUGGCACUGAUGGCAUCCCAGGACUAGAUGGACUGCCUGGGGCUGAUGGAAAACGAGGGAAGAGAGGGGAGAAAGGUGAGCCAGGGGAGAAAGGAGACAGAGGAGAACCUGGACCCGCAGGAGAAAAUACACAAUCGUCCAACGAUGUCAUCUUGGAGGGCCCCCCAGGUCCGGCUGGUCCUCCUGGUACUCCAGGCCCCAUUGGCCCUCCUGGACCGCCUGGCCCACAAGGACCCCAGGGGCCCCCCAGAAACAGGAGUCACCGGGCCAAUUUUCCCAUCCACGCUGCCCAGACCCUGGAUCCUUCACAUGCUGUACCAAACGAUGGGACUCUGUCUGCCAAAGAGGCUGGGAAGUUACAAGAGAUACCACUAAAUAAGAAAAAUGAGUGCAUCAUCAAGUCCCUGAUCAACCCCCGUAACAUAUCUAAGAUGGAGAGUACGUUCGGAACGUGGAUGAAAGACACGGCUGUGCUGAACGACAAACGCAUCUGGGUGGCCGAACAUUUCUCUGGUCGCACGGUGAAGGAGUAUAAGAGCAUCGCCUCAUUCCAGAAUGCCACCAGUGAGGUCAUCGACGGCAGGAAGUUCUACCAGGGAUGUGGCCAUGCCGUUCAUAACGGAUCCUUCUACUAUCACAUCGCUGGAACCACCAACCUGGCCAGGUUCGACCUGCAGUCCAAGCGUCUCCACACCCUGGCCAUCGACAAUGCUCUGUACCACAACCUGUCCUACCUUCUCUACAACUCCAAGACCUACUUCAAGCUGGCGGCGGAUGAGAACGGCCUGUGGCUCAUCUUUGCCUCCAGUCUGGACGACAGCAUUAUGGUGGCCCAGCUGGACCUGAAGAGCUUCUCUGUCACAUCGUACAUCAACACCACCUACCCCAGGACCAAGGCCGGCAACGCCUUCGUGGCCUGUGGCGUACUCUACGUCACCGACACCAAGGACACCCGUGUGACCUUCGCCUUCGACCUCCUGAAGGGGAAACCGGUCAACGUGACCUUUGAACUGAGGUCCCCUGGCGGGGUGCUGGCCAUGCUGUCCUAUAGCCCCAAUAACAGACACCUGUAUGUGUGGGAUCAGAGCUACGUGAAGCUGUAUGUGGUGCACUUCAUCUCUGAUGACUGAGACAGUGUUUUGACGGUAUUCUGAGGGUGUUUUGAUGGUAUUUCUUUUACAGUAUUCUGACAUUGUUUUGACAGUAUUCAGAUGGUAUUUUAAUGGUAUUCUGAUUAAAGAUGGACAGCUUUUUAAAGUGCUUAAUUAAAGAUGAACAGCAAUCGUGAAUAUUAUGGCUGUUUUUUAUUUAUAAUAUGUACGUGUUGUCUUUAGUUUUAUGCCAUCUCAACAAGGACUCUUUUCUAAUGGCCUUUUGGGACUGCUGGCUGGGAUAAAGAACCCUUUAUGUGAGUGCUGUUCAAAUAUUUGUUCCAAUUGGAUUACAGCUUCCAAAGAUGCACAUACUGUACCUUUUCCAAUGUAGAGUUGAACUGAAUAAGGGCUUAUCAGAGUAGGAAGUAGAUCAUUAUAAUAUAAUUGUUAUAGUCUAUAUUGUAUUGUGGCGAUGGUCUAAACAGUAAAAUAAUUGCUGUACUGUUUUCCAUGUUUUUCCAUUUGAGAUCGUGGAAUUCUCUUUUUGUAAGGAUACUUAUUAACCAUUUGACUUGUUAUAUUGUUUUUAUGUCUCUCACUUGUAUAUUAUAUUUAUUUGGUAAAUGUAACUCUUUUUUAAGGUCUACCCUGGAAACAUGGCUUUUUGUGGAGUUAAUACUAUUUAUAGCUGUAAAGUCCUUACUAGACUUUCCCUGUGACUGCAUGACAAAAUAGGUAUCAGAAAUGUGUUUCCAUAUUUACUUGGAUCCUACCAUGACCAGCUUCCCUUACAGAGAGCAACAUGUUUUAAAAAGACCUAUAUUGGAAAUCUGUACAUAUGUUUAUUCCCGACAAUGAUAUUUGCUGCUGCAUGGUCUCUACUGAUUAUCAUCAAAUACAGAAACAAACAUAAAAUCAACCUGAUGAAAUAAAAAAUAAUUUAUUCAAC